CACAAGGCAGAACCUGCUGCUUCAUCCACCCACACAGACAGACUGAUACUUUCUCAUUCAGCACUCACGUCCAUACACUCCUUUACGUGCCAAAACAUGGCUGACAAACCCAACAUGACGGAAAUCACAUCCUUCGAUAAAACUAAACUCAGGAAGACCGAGACCCAAGAAAAGAAUCCUUUGCCAACCAAAGAAACUAUUGAACAGGAAAGACAAGGAGAGUCCACGCCUUGAAGGGUGCUUUUAACUACAGUCCCUCAGAAUGAAGUGAAUGACAGAGAUCAACAAAAGAGACGCUUCAACCACUAACUGACUGCUCAUUUGUUUUAUAGUUUCGUUUGUUUGUACGACAUUUAAAUAAAAAUGUACUAAUGUAUUUCA